AAUCGAAGUGAGCGUGGCGUGGUUGAUCUGCAGGAGCCAGGCUCCCCGUCACUUUUCUCCGCGCGGUCCUCAGUAAAGUAAGACCAGAAAGUCACGACCCUCCCAAUCAAAUAUCACUCUAUCAUCUAGGCAGGAGACGAGACGAAGAAGUGGUUUUGCAAAAAAACCACUACUCGGGAGCUCCACGAUGCACACCAUGAGGCCCCCAACUAUUGCCCUGUGACCGCUAAAUCACAGCGAUGUCGUCACCGGAAGACGAGGAGGCGAACGCUGCCGAGCAGCAGGCUCCGGCCGUUCCUGAUGCGGAGGACGGGGAAGGAGCCACGCCCGCAGCUCGAAAAACCCUGCAUGGGAGGAAGUCCUCCGUGAUGGAUGGGUCACCAGAGCUUCCCAAGGUUGUGGAGAAAGGCCAGCUCAUGUACUACUACUUUCAUAUUUUAUUAGCGCAAGGCUUUUUAUUCAAUCACAUGCAAAUUGAAAUUUGUUGUCAAGCGGCACAGCAGGUUGGGGUAAGUAGAGAAAAGCUGGCGAGUGUGUCAGAGCUGAACUCGAAAUGACAUGCUUUCGAUGCAGAUGUAUAGAUGAAGACCCAGUAAGAAGAGGAAAUUGAAGAGCUGCGAAUCGUAUUUUUUUUCACAGGAUUGCAGCACUCUAUGGGCGGCUUAACGAGUACAGCAUUGAUGGGAUUCCCCUGAAAGAGCAGGGUGCCGGAGCGAAUGCGUCGGGGUCGGAGGGUACUGCGGGCGCGGACGGCGAGGAAGAAGAGGAAGUGCUGUGGCAAAACUGGCUGGACGAGCUGAAUUCGGUGGAGUGGGGCAUCGCGCAAUGCUUGCGGGUGGAGUCCUUCCUGAUGACCAAGGGCGGACUGCUGAACGUACUCGAGGCGCAGCGGUUUGUGACGGAAAGCCAGCAGCUCGCGUCCCUCCGGAGUGAAAUCGGCAUCGAACAGGACGAGAUCUCGAACCUGUUGAUCGGAAUGACGAAGGUGACCAAGGCAUUCUUCAACCAGUUCCGGAUCACGCUGAUGCAGCGGCUGGGCUCGCUGAACGAGGUGUUGCACCGGUUUGAGCCCAGCGGGGACCGGUGGAUCGACUUCCAGGAGUUUUCUGGCAUUUUGAAGCAGCACGUGUUUCCGCUGGAGGAUCAUAAAUUGGGGUUUCUGCCGCCCGAACUGGAGCAAGACGCGCUGCAAAACUUCUUCCAGCUCUUCGGGGGGCACCGGAACAUCAUGGACACGGGCUUGCGCGUGGACAAGCUAGCCUCCGCACUGUCCAACGUGAGCGAGGCCCAGAUGCUCUACUUCCGGAACGCGGUGCUGCAGGACUACAACUCCUUCCGGCAGAGCUUCGACGAGAUGCAUGACGAGCUGCGGCACGGCAACUCCGUGGUGGAGUAUAUCCCCCGCGAGAAGCUGAUCGAGGAGUAUGUGCGCAUCCAGAGGCGCGCAUACGAGCGCAGCAACGCCGGGGGGGGCCACUCGCUGGUGUUCGACCAAGCGCUGCUCAGCCGGUUCGAGGCGGAGGCCAAGCGCUUCUACGACUACAUUGCAGCUUUCGGCAUGUACCAGGAACCUCUGCCACAGGGAGUGGACGGCAUUACCUUCGAUUCCUUCCUCACCGCCAUGAGCACUGCGGCACCGUCCAUCGACAUCGGGCACUUUCGCCGCCGGCUGCUGGUGCGGUUCGGCAACUGGAAGAACGCCUUUGCCGGAAUGCAGUAUGAUCCCAGAGAAAAAUACACCUAGCGUGGCGUCACCGAUUUUUCGUAAGCGCAAAAAUAGACAUGCAUGACUGCAAGAAGUAUGAUGAGGAUCGAGCAUGCUGCUGCGGCUAUAACUAUGCAAAAGCAAGAGCAAGACGGAGUACGACUUAUGUGUUUUGGCACUUCUUCUAUGUUUCUUUUUUCUCCGGGACAUGCAGGCGAAAAAGAAAGGUGGGGAGGACGCGGAGGUGGAGGAAUGGGAGCUGUUUGAGCAGUUCGGCAGCAAGUUGGAUUUCAACCGGCAGGACGCCCUGAACUUCUUCGAGAUGAUGGAUCUGGACGGCAACCGCUCGCUGAGCUACGAGGAGUUCGGCGAACGCAUGACCGACAGCGGCAUGGCCUUUGGCUUCGAGGAGUUCGCGAUUCGCCUCUGGAACGCGCGCCCGGAGGCGGGGAUGACCAUGCAGCAGGUGUUUGGGAAAACCAGUCUGGACCCGAACACGCACAUCAUGAAAGCCGACUUCGCCGCCGACCUCUUUGGGGUGUAUCUCUCCCCCGAGAUUCAGGAGCGGUUCGCCAAGAAGUCCUUUCUGUCGCAGCGGAAAAACCAGAUUCCCUGUAUGCCAAAGUUGGGAAAGAAGGAGGUCAUUGCGCUCUACGACGAGCUUUACCAGCAGGGUGGGAAAGUUACCAUUGCCUCCGUCCUGUCCCAAGCCAUCGGCACGCACGUCUCGGACGUUUUGUGUACAACUGCUGUUGAUGUUCUGCAGCAAUGAACUGCGCUCAUGUUCUUUGUUCCAUGUUUUAUUACCUUCAGCUUCACCUACUUCAUCUUCAUCUCACGUUUCUGCUCCUCAUGAAGGAUCGCUUGCGGCCUGUCCGUGAGCCACAAUUUGCGGAGGCUUUCUGCGAAAAUCUAUUUAACGUAUUGUAUUUUUGUAUUGGGUUGUAUUGCUUGAUUACGCAGGCACGUCCCAGCAGACGUUCAGUCCCGGCGAGACCGCCACGAUAGCGUACCGCAUUCCGAAAAAACUCGUUGGCGAUUUGCAGAAAAUGCCUUUUAUUUCCGUCGUGGUGGCAGGCGUGACGUGGACGCAGGCCGGGGGCGGCGGGUGGCAGUUGCGCGGGCAGAACAUCGGGGAGUUGUCAAAAACCAAGGUCCACCUGCCCAAUUUUCCCCGCCAGCUGAAUGGGAUUGUCACCCUACAGGUCCCGUUUCCGCCGGACCCGACCGAGCGGUACGAAUUCCGGCUGUUCGCCUCGCAGAACGGGAGCAUCUACGGUAAGCAAGUCGGCGGCGCGGUCAACUUCGCCAUCUCGGGGCCGCGGCCGGGCCGUCCCAUCGCGUCUUCCAUCCGGCCAACCGAUUUGAGCCUUUCCUGUAUCCUGAGUAAAAACGUACCCACACCAUAGUCAAGUUGGGGAAUCGGCUAGACAAGUCCACAAGUUUUGGCUGUUUUGCAUGACAAAUUUGGAUUCGUAGUGUAGUGCUGUUUGAGCUAGCUCAGCAGCAUCACAGAUCUAGCAUACCAUGCUGAUUGGAGCGUGGCAGAUUGCAAAACACGAUUGGAAAAUGCUUCUCAUGGGGCUCCGCAUGAGAAACAUUUUCAGCAUGCAGAUUUGCAUGACAACUCUGGCGUGGGUACGUUUUUACUCAGGAUAUCCUGGACCCCAAUAUCCGAAGAGGAGCAGAAAAUGUUCGGUCCGGUCGUGGAGUACGUGAUCAAGGUUGCCUAUGGGAGUGUCAGGAUCGAAAUCGACAAAAUCGAAAAAUUUGCAAUGCAUAAAAUCGAUACCCGCUGGAGCCUCAGUUUCCAAGUGGCGCAUGACAAAUUUCGGGAGCGCCCGAAUGAAUCCAGUCUGUCAUGCUGUUUGGGCAAAGAACGCUGCUUCUGUCAUGCUACUCUGAAAGCACAUUGUAUACCCCUAACCAGGCUUACAAUCGGCCUUAUUUGCCUGCUCCCCAAUACAGGCCUUCUGUGCCCUACAUUUUAUGCAUCACAAAUUUUUCGACUUUGUCGAUUUCGAUCCUGGCACAUCCAUAUUGCCCCGGACCUGGAGACCGUGGAAGAGUCGACCCGGCUGUCCAAGGAGAAGUUCUCGCUGGGGCGGCGAUGGAACGCUGUGAAGGGCGCCGACGAGGAAGUUUGCGUGUACGACAUUGCCAACCUCCACCCGGGAGUCAAGUACAAGUUCAAUGUCCUGCCGCGCCACAAAAUCGCCAUCGCCGCGGGCGGUGUCCAUGUUGACGAGGGCGAGGAGGGCGGCGAAAAGGAACCAACCUCGAAGUUCCAAAUCAUCGACGGAAAUCAGUCUCUGGAAUCGGUCUCGUAUCAGGUAAGCGUUUUUUUCUCCGGGUCAGAGUUCGAGGCAUUCAAAAUCAAAUGCACCGAACAUAUACCACGAUAGGACUACUACCUGGCGGAUACAAUUGGAUGUUGUAUGCACGACAAAAAAGAAGUAGUUUUUAGUCCGUACCGAGUUUGAUGAAGAUCUUCAAGAAGAUGCUCAUCCUCAUGUUUUCCAUUAUCCUACUAGGCGCCGGUGUGCUUAGCCCCCUCAGAGCCCGGAGCGCCCGAGUUCGUGAGUUGUACCGCAGAAGAGGCUGUGAUCCGCUUCAAAAAGCCAGAACACGAAAACCGUGCCGCAAUUUACGAUUAUGUUGCGGAGUACUUGGUUGGAACCAAGCAGGACAUGGAGGUGAUUUCGCGAAAGACCGAGCUUACCAGUCUGAUGGGUGAGAAGGCCCGCUUAUCGCGGCAGCUGAGCGUGAAUGUAAAAAAGCAGGCAUCCGAGCUGGAAAAAGGGUGGCGGAGCGUGAAGGUGCACUGGAAGCUGAAUUCCACGGGAGACGUGGAAACAAUCAUCCGCCCUGUGCCAGAGGCUUGGCUAGUGCCGCCUCACAUGAAGAAAAAAUUCAUCAUCAUGCGCUUCUCCGCUGUCAAUCAGGUAUAAAAUACUGGUUCAUACGUGCAUCUGUAUCUGUAUGAUUUCUCUCCUUUGCCUUUGCGACAACGGCGCACUGGCACAGCCAUGCACUUGUAAAAUGCUCCAAGUACAGCUAGAACUUCUAAAAUAACAAGAAUGCACGAAACAAAACUAGGCCGGGCGAAGUCCGUUUAGCGUGCCCGCGGUGCCGGUGAAGUGUCCGUACAGCAGUAGUGUUCCAGAAGUGCGGUGGGCUAUCGACAAGUUUCAGGCGGGCUUUUCCGUUCCCCGUCUGGGUCGAGCGGAUCUGGCAGUAGAUUUUCCUGUAGUCACCGACUGGGGAGGCCAGACGCGGUCCUCAUGCUACGACAUUGAGCUCAGCUUGUGCGUGGAAGCCACGGGCAAGGAACCAUCCGCACUGAGCAAGGCCGCACAGAAAACGGUAGCGCGCCUGAUGUCGCCGGAGGAGGCCGAAGAGCGCCGCCUGGCGGAGGAGGAGCGGCAGCGCAUCCUUGCAGAGGAACGAAAACUUGCCGAGGAGCGGCGGCUGGCCGAGGAAGAGGCGCGAAGAAAGGCCGAGGAAGAGAAAGCGGAAAAGGCCGCGGCAGAACGUGCGGCAGCUGCCGAGGCUGAGGCAGCAGGCGGUGGUGCCGCAGCGGCAGGAGAAGCAGCCGCGCCCGCCGAGGAAAUAAAAGCAGAAGCCGCGGCGGUGGAGGAGCCCCCGCCGGCCCCACCUGCCGCAGACGAAGAAGCAGCCGCACCGGCCACCGAAGCACCCGACCCGAUAGUCGAGGGUGAACACAACAUGGCAGAAGUGACGUUCGAGGAUGGCGUCUCUGCAAGAGAGAGUUUUAGUUUUGACGCGCGGGAAACCGAGGCCUUCCCCACCGUGCCCGACGCGAGUGAUGAGGAAAGUUUGCUGCCCCUCGCGAUGGAAGAGCACAAGAUCCUUUUGGACGCACAGGUCUUCAACCUGGAAGUGUACGAGAGUCCGAGCGCGCCAGGGCGCGUGUCCUCCACGAUAUCCCUCGAGUCUGUGAUUGAGAAAGCCUGGGAGACCGGGGCUUUGCAGGCCUUCGCGCCCAGUCGCGAGCUACGGGAGAUGCCGCUCCGUAUCACGGGCCGCUUGCGGGGUAGCAACCAGUACGGUACGGGAGAGUGGACCGACGAGUUCGUGGCUGCCAGCUUUACCCUGGACGACGUUCUCAACCCCAUCUGCCGCCUGAAGCAGUUUUACGAAGCCGGCGUGGCGGAGCAGAAACGUGUCGAAGAGGAAGAAGCACGCCAGAAGCUGGAGGCUGCAAAAGCCGAAGCAGCAUCCAAGCCACCCGCGCCCAUGCUCGACGAGAACGGAAACCCUGUCGUCGACGAAAACGGAAACCCGGUAUAGUAAGUAAGUACAUAAGGAACAAACUACUAGAAGUACACUUGAUCAUGAGCUACUUUUUGCGGCUCUGAGGCAGGCGGGUAUUCGCGUUUUUCCCAAGUUCGAGUAGAUGGCAAACCCAGGCACAGCCUCUUUCCGCACUGCGUGCGGUCUUUGUGAACCCAAAAAGUUGCAGCGCCACGAGUCUGCCCGGCCUGGUGCUCCCGCACGUAUUUUUUAUUCGAACGAUUUGUCUGAACUGCCCGAAGUAACAUCAUAGAGUAGAGUGUCGUACUAAAAACUUCUUAGCACAAAAAUGCUUUGCUUUCGCUACUGUCCCACAGGUAAUGGUUGUCAGUAUGCCGAUGGUGGACGAGAACGGUAAUCCGGUCCUGGACGAGAACGGGAACCCCGUAAUGGAGACGAAGAAGACCACACCAGUUUUAGGUGCCGACGGCAAGCCGUUGGUGGGCGAGGAUGGCCUGCCCGUGGUGCAGGUGGAAGUGCCCGUGGUGGACCCGGUCACGGGCAAACCUGUGAUUGAUCCGAAGACGGGGAAACCGAAGACUCAGCUGCAGGCCCCGCCGUCGGAGCAGGCGGCCCAGGCCGCGAAGCAGGCGGCCGCCGAACUUGGGGGGAAAAUGGAGACCGUCGAGGUUCCGAUACUGGAUCCAAAGACCGGAAAGCCAAUGGUGGGGGCCGAUGGCAAACCCCUCACGGAAAAGAAGCAGGUUGUCACUAUGGAAGUGCCGGUAAUCGAUCCCGCCACGGGCCAGCCGGUAGUGGAUCCCGUCACGGGAAAGCCGAAGAUGAUGACGCAGCAGGUGGAUCCGGCGGAGGCGGUUCAGCAGGCGGCCGCAAGCGGGGGGCGCGGUUCUGUAUCGGGCUUCGGAGCAGGUGGAGGCGGCGGAGCUUCUGGUGGAGGCGGCCCGGCGGGCGCGCGCGGGUCCGUCUCAGGCGGGGCGGGAAGCCGAGGGGGCGCCGCCGGGGCGGCCGCAGGGGGUGUGGUGGAAGUUGAGGUGCCCGUCAUGGAUCCGAAAACUGGAAAACCGGCGGUCUAUCACAAAUAAAACAGCUAGCGGCCAAAUAGCAUAUUUGGAGAGCAGGAGGUAAUGCAAAGCGAAGUUGUACCUGUAACUGUAUCAACAUUCAUGUGACACACGCACGGGCGAGAAGGCCUCGCAAGAAAGAUUUUUUGGAUACGUACUUUUGCAUCGCAAAUCGAUAUGCUGGGGUGCUACCUUUUUCCUAUGGGAUACGGCUGACCCGAAAACUGGGAAGCCUGUCACGCGAAAGCAGUCAGUGCCGGCAGCAAGUGUGGGGAGUCACGGAGGUGCGGCAGGCGGCGCUGGUACAUUUAGUUUCUUUCAUUUCUGCAAUCACGUGACCGUGAGGCAAAGGCACAAUGCAAAGUAGCUCGAUCUCGUUCAGCGGCCACCGCUGCUGGUUCUGCUGGGAACCCUGAGGUGCGUCUUGAAUUACUUAUGGGAAAUUAAUUUGUUUCGUGUUGUUCCUGUUCUUUCAUCUUCAUUCUUUGUCUAGGAAAACAUACGCAGGUGGAGGUGUGGCCGGCGGCGGCAGUCAGGUCAUCACACAGACGCAGAUCAUCGACGGGAAGGAAGUAGUAGUGGUAGUGGGGGGUGGCGGUAUGGGCGGUCCCGAGGGGUACGGCUCGGGGUCCGUUGGGGGAGGCCUCGCGGGAGUUGGAGGUGUUGGCCCCGGCGGUCCCGGCAACAUGGACGCCGCGCAGCGGAUGCAGGAGCUAGUGAAGCUGAUCGGCAACACGCGCAAGUUCUUCCAGUUGCUGGCCAAGUACCAGGACAUUCCGGACAACAUUCACGAACAGCUAGACGACAACAUGACGGACGAGAAGCUGAAGGCCAUCGAGACCAAGAAAAAGGAGGCGGAGGACCUGUGGCAAACCGUGUACGAGAAGUUCGGCUUCGUCAAGAAGGCGGAUGUCGAGGUGAUCCUGAAGAACCUGCAGAAGUACAAGCCCGGGGAUAAAAAGUGGAACGAGUUCGCGGACGAGCUGGGCCGGUUUGGGAGCAAGUGGAAGUGGAGUCUAGAGCUCGUGGACCACAAGAGCUUUCGCAGCGGCCACCCGGACGCGGACAAGCUGGCCACCAUGUACACUGUGCUUAGUAAGGUUGGCGCGAAGGAAAUCGACGCGCUCGUGACGGAGGUCUUGCCGGGAUUUGGAAAUUUCCUGGACUGCGAGCGCGCCUUGAGGAUGCUUAAAAGCGCCAAGGUGGUCGCAAACAAGUACUUUCCCCCAGAGACUCCGGCUGCGGUAAGACCAUUGCCCUUGAUGUUGAUGAGGAAUGUAGUUGCGAGUUUGUGUAAGGAACGACGUGUCUCGUUUUUUUCGCAAAUGAUACAAAUGAAGUUAAUAGCUGCUGACCCUGACUGUGUAGUAGCUGGGUCGUUGUUGCUGAGCACGGUUUGCAAUUGCAGCUCGUCAUGUAAGUACAAAUAAAUCUACUACAGCUGGUCCGCGGGGAAGACUUCGUGUCGUUGCUUGCCGGGGAGGAGGGUGUAUCUGCGUUUACGGUCUUGCAGAAGCUGAGUGCGUGUGAUGCGGAGCCAAGACAGGUUGCGAAGAUACGCACAACAAUGGAAAAACAGGGUGAGAUAAACGCGGAAAAGAAGCGAAAGCAGAAAGAAGCCGAGAAAACCGCACGAGAACAGGAAGAGGAGGCAAAGAAGCACGCACCGCCCAGCGCGCCCACCGGCAUUGGCGGAGGUGCGCGCCCGUCCUCCGCGGGCCGGCCCUCGUCUUCGAGCUCGAGCGGGCAAAAAGCUCGCGGGCGCGGGCGAGGAGGACAGCAGCAGAAACAAGAGGAAGAGGAACCUUUACCAACGGUUUUAACGGCGGAGCUGAUCGAGGAUCUAGGCUUGUUUGCGGAAGACAGCACCGCACCGCCGAAGACCGAAGAACCUCCCCCAGCCGGUGACGAUGCGGGCGAGGCGGGAGCUGGAGGCAAGGAAUCAACGAGGUUUGAGGUGUCCUACGCGAACAGAUUCGACAAAGUGCUAGACAUGCUCAAUUACCUCCUAGACGAUUUUGCGAAGCUGGAUCGCGUGCUGGACUACGCAUGGGCUGUAGAGCGUAUCUGGAAGGACAGCGACGCGCAGCAGUCGCCCAGCGUAACUGAACUCGCGGAGGCACUGUUUCUCGUCCAGACGGUGAGCACGACUACGCUAAACAAGUUUACGCGCAGUGCAAAGGAUCUUGUCGACGAGUUGCCGCAGAUCGGGUUCCUGCUCACCGUGUUUGUGUCGCUCCUGCAAGCGUUCGAGCCCAAGCAGCUGGAGUCCCUCUCCGUAAUCAUCAACCAGCUAGGUGGGUACGACAAGAUGAUGGCAAUGACGAAGGACCUGGGCUCGCUGAAGAUGCGGCUGAGACGGGGACAGGAGUUCCCGCACUUCGUGCGCUGCGUGACCGACUUCUUCGGCGGGUCUGGCAACAUCAUCGUCGGUAUGGAAAUUCUGCAACAGCGCGACCGCAAGGGUUACAAGAGCUUUGAUUUUGUGGAGCUCUGCACACUGAUGCAGCACCUGGCGCCGCGGGCCCAGGAUUUGCCCGCACUCACAGACCUGAUCGAAGACCUUGUGCGCUGGGAGCACGGCAAAAACGGAGAGCUGAUGACGCUGAAGCAGGUGCCUGCGGCUGGCCGCACUAGCAACGAGUUGAAGCGGCGGCAGUUUCAGAGCAGCGGUAUAUUGGAAAGCAUGAAAAUUGCGCGCGAGAGGGCAGAACAGGGGAUCAACACGCUGGACCAGAGCAGCAGCAAGGGGACGACCCGGAAGCGACUCGGCGAGGUUGCUAGUGUCGGUGGUAGUAGUGCUGCGAGUCUGGAAGACCUGGAGGAUCAGGACGGAGAGACAUUCUUGUGCAGCCGGGGAGCCUGGCCGGCCGAGAAGGAGGGCGCAGUGAGGACCCUGAUGAACCUGAUGAAGUCAAGUGAGUGUAACUUGGAAAAGCUCGCCCGAGUCCUGACCAUCAUGGGAGAAUGCGGCGGAGCCGAUGAAAGUUUGGAAAUCUUCGAACUGACGCAGCCCCUGAUGCGGGCCCGCGAUCACAUGCCGAAGACGGCGGAGGAUCGCAACGCCUUUCCCGCCUGCAUGAGAGCCAUAGCAGGCGACGAUAGCGCCAUCGGCAGUUUUACCAAGAUGGCCGGCUGGAUCCAGAGGGUGCAUCCGGUGCACUGGCAGAACAUGUUUUCCGUGUCCGAAGAAAUCUUGUUGCAGACCACCUGCGGCAACUUGCGAGAGCUGUCAGAUCUGCACUUUGGCUUCUACCACAAGCAUAUCGGGGACCUGCAUAACGCCUUUCAGGGCCGGUCCGAGAACUUCAAGAACUGUUUGACGAUUCUGCAUCAGUGCGGUAUUGUGGGAAAACGGAACUUCAAGUAUGCGUGUAAUGUGCCGGAAAACCACGAGACUCUCUUGGGCGAUUCACGGCGGGAGUAUUCGCCCGUGCGGAGUCGGUUGGACCGGCAGUUGUCGGCGUCCCCGGGCCGCGACGAGGCUGCGAGCAUGACCGCAGCUUGGCGCGCGAAGUCGCGCGAGGCGGAACAGGAAUUGCCGCCGGGGAGUGUGGCAACCAUGUUUGGCCGCGAGGCGUGGGAGGACGUCGGCGAGACGACGCCGACGAAGACCCGGGCCAACCGAAACCGCAGUCCUUUGUGGUCCACCCCGUCACCGACGAAAUUGAACCAGCCCCUAGGGGAGCUCCCGCCCGGGUUCGACGCGGACACUCUCGCUGACGACACGUGGCGAGACUGGUUCAAGCUGAUAAAAAAGGUGAAGCAGUUUCGCGGCGCCGCGUUCUUUCUGAAGUGCGUGGAAGGUUGCGACAUGACGGAGUUCCUGCUGGCCGUCGAUGCGUUGAAAAUGGCCCAGGUGAUUUCCUCUGCGGACGAUGCCACCGGUACCGGCGGCCAGGCGAAGGACAUCACCGUGCCCCAGAAAGCCAAUCAGACGAAGACAGAAAAGAAGUUUUACGAAAAGUUUGGUUCCCUCGCGCCCGACGUGAAGCCGCCCCCCUUCGCCAGCGAGGUGGCGGUCAUGUCCUCGGGAAAGACUCUGCUCCCACCGCGAGACGCAGAGGACAUUGCGGCACUCUCCACGGAGGCCCACCGUACUCUUGGCGCAAAGGCGUUCUACAAGUUUUCGCCGCUGAAGGCUUUCUUGAAAGUACUUCUCGAGAACGGGGGCCUGGACGUAUUUCUGUGGCUUGUCCGUGGCGUGGAUCUCACAAAAGUGCAAACGCAGCUGUUUUCCAUGUCGCUGCUCCGGGCGUCGCCCAUGUUCGCACAAGUGCUCGACGAUGAAAAGCACCGCGGACAGCUGGUGCGGCUCGUGCACGCGUGCGAGGAAGUGGGGAGUAUUGAGAAAGCGGUCGCCAAGCUGGAGUCGUCGCGGAUAGGGGGUGCGGACGGAUUUGGUGGCGGGUCCGGUAGCCAGAACACCUCCAGCCUGACGUCCGGCGGGGACGGCUCCAAGUCCGAGGGUGGCACGCAGAAAUUGAACGAAAAAUUCGCGCUCGAGGCCGGCAGGAUCGUGUGUCGGGGGCUCAAUUUGACCUACUACGACGCGCGAGACGAGCAAACAGUGUUCGCGCUCGUUGACUUCUGGCGGUCAGUCUUCUUUAACAGUCGGCAGCCCUGGGAGCAGCAAAGCCGCAGCACUUCGGGCGUGGCCACCAUCAAUUCGCCCCAUAGCAGCCAGCAGCUGCUGGAGGAGAGCACCACGAGCACGGCGCGCCUACUAGGCGCGACCUCCUCCACCGUCGCGCUAGUCGAUCCAAACUCCGCAAUAAACCCGGUGAUCGAAGAUGACGAAAGUGACGACGACACGGAGAAGCGCAUUCCGCUGGAGGAACUGGAUUUGCUGAAAACGUUUCUGGUGUCCCUGCGGGAGUACAUGCAGAUUCAGGUCUUUCAGGGGGAAAAUUUGGAGCAGCUGGCGAACUGGACCAAGUUCAUGAAGAAAGUAGACGACGUGCGGUUUUUGCCGAAGCUCGAGAAGCUGCUCGAGUGGCCGGGCCGGACGCUGCGACAGGGACUGGAAGUUUGGCUCGGGUUCCGCACCCGGUUCAACGUCGCAAAACUGGAGGAGUGGCGGACGCUUUGUGACCGCAUGGGCUCGUUCUGCGACGUGCGCACCAAGGACUUGAGCGUGAUCAUGCACAUCCUAGCGGUCCACGCGCACGCCGCGAUGUCUCGGAGCCCCGACCGCGGCAAGCGCGUCAACAUGAUCGGCCCCAACAUGCUGGCGAUCGGCGGCGGCGGUGCGGCGGGGGGCUCGUCUUCCUCGAGCCAGAUCUCUUUUCUGCACCACCAGAACAUCAACCAACAGCACUUAAGUCAAUCGACGCAGCUCCCGGCGCACCCGACGCGAAACAGUUCGCCGACGACAAGCUCCAAGAACACCACACAGCAAUCAUGGAACACUACGUCUAUGGCAUCCACAGCGGGGGCCAUACCGUCCACGACUCACCCCCCGGGAGCGCAGUCGCAGUCCCAGCAGCAGUACCUGGCCACGACGUCGGGCAGUGAUCAUUUCGACAGUCUGAUGUUUUCGUCCGUUGCGGAGAGCAGUAUUGAGCACCCGCGCAACAAGAAAGUCCUUCCCGGAGUCGAUGAGCCGACGUACCAUCGGCACGCCGCAGAUCUGUACGACCUUUUUCCGAACUACGAUCGCAAAAAGGCACACUCGGCGUCGUUGUCCUCCAGCAGCAACAACUUUCAUCGCGCGAAGCAGAAGGACCGAGAUUUCAUUGACGGCACGCACAACAAGUCCGGCGCCAGCAGCACUACAGGAACUAUGGUGUCGGGCGCCGCGGGGCCGUCGGGGGGAGCUAGUACAGGUGCGGGAGGCCCUGCGGGAAGCUACAAUGCCGAGUUCCACCCGGGAACAGAGCUGGCGGCGGGCCCGUCGACAAGCAGUCAGUUUCAGCAUGGCAGCAUGCCGGCGGUUCACGGCGUUCUGAAGCAGCAGGCAGGAGCAGCAGCGCGCAAUAACCGGCAGCGCGGUACCAGACCCGCGAAAAAGCAGGCAUGGCCCCCGAACAGUUAUGACACGAGCACCUCACUCAGUCCGACGAAGCAGUCACGAUCACACAUGAGCUCCUACAUGAGUAUUUUUUUAAUACUGGUCUUUGUUUCAUUUCGACGUAAUACGCUUGAUGCAGUCUCGCCCUCUCGCGAUUCAUUAUCAUUUCUAAUCAUGUGUCGGCUAGAGCUAGUAUGUGUUUUGUGAAUGUGAUUCGAGCCGCGAGGAUCAGGAUGUUUAUGCUCUGCUGUGAGUGUACUUAUGGUUAUGAUGUGACAGUUGGACGAUUGGACUCGUUAUGGGCUUACUUAUGUGCCGAUGCGGAAGUAUAGCUGUACCCGAAAUGCAGAACAAAUUGAUGAGCGAGAGCGAGGCACUAUCUUUACUCUUAUGUAUGAAUAGGUAUAGGACGCUGGUGCGUGCCCGUAAACGAUAAUAUGUAGUGAGGUCACCGAACGGCUCUAACCGGGGAGUUUUUUUGACACCCAGCCAGCAAAACGACCGGCAGUUUUCAAGCGGCCGAAAGCGUUUUUUGACAUAAAAAAAUUUCAAUUAUCAAGCGAAAACUAUCGAUUCGCACUUGAUAAAACGACGCAGGGGAGCCGGCAAAAGGGGCGCCCUUCUGCGGAGCCCACCGCCUUAGUUUCUGGCGAUUUGGGGCGCCCAAAAAGAGGCGCGCAAAAAACGCGCCCAAAAUCAGAACAGCGAAACAGCAUGGCACGGCCGCGAUUUCGAAGCAUUUUGGGCGGCCGCGAAAGCGGCCGCCUUUUCGCCGGCUUCAGAGCCUGGGGAGCUUUGCAAAAAGCGCCGGCGUGAAAAAUAAAAACGCAAAAGAGAAAAAGCGCGCCAGACGCGCAAAGCCAACCCGCAUGCUACGGGCCCGAUUUUUCUUCGCUUUUUGGGCGCCCCCCGUGGCGCCCGGAUCGGCCCCAUAGCAUAAAGGCUCGCUUUCGGAAAGGAAUUUUGGAAAUGUGCCAAAAUUUGUGAUGUUUCUCAAGUGACCGCCAUACCGUGCGGCAUAACGUUACUCACGGCGGUAUGGCGAGCCCAGAAAAAGCAAAGCCGCGGCCAUGGCGGCGGUCGGAAAAAAAAACGCCCACGACCUCACUACCCCCGCCCCGGCGGCUAUAUUUGGUAUAUGAAUUUACUUAUUACGCUGGUCGCAUUUACCACGCAUACGCGGCAAAGACGCCCCAUAAACACUACUUGAUCAUCUUCAUAUCCCUAGGUACCACAUCGCGUCUGCACGGUGGCGACAGUCUGAUGGAGAGUAGCACGCGCAGCUUAAACAAUUUGCCGCCCCCGCCAUCGCUAUUUGCCACUACGGUGCAUGCCGGGCAGAUUCUGUCGCCGCUGGAGGCGGAGCAGUUGAGCAAGAUACGAAAAGCCGCUCCGCCCACGUCAGCCUCGAGCAACGACGCGGAUUCUGAUCGUGUGAGGAACAUCAUCCUGAUGUGACAAAAAUCCGCAGGGCCGCCGCGAGUGCGGUUUGUACAAUGAAUGAAAUACAAAUGAUCGUCAUAAAUGCAAGCUUGGAUUAUUUCAAGCAGCAACGCAUCAAACACUAUUUUCUAUUAUUCGCGUACAAACAGAAACACUAACAGUAGCAUCAUGGCAAAGGCCGUACUCGUGCCACGGAAGGAAUCUGUAAUCGAAAUGAAGAAACCAGCAACUACACCAUUUCUUAGCAACAACUAUGUUUCAUCGAUCUCAUCGGCGCGUGCUGUGGUGUCUGUAGCGUUUGUUUCAUGAUAGAUGCUCGUGCUCGAUUUUCACGAUAGGAGCAAAAAACAAUGCACGAGGCCAGCCUCAGUGUGGGCUUGCACGAUAGCGCUGCAGCACGAGGUGUGUAGUAGAACAGUUUUUUGGUUCUGAAUUUGCCAAGUUUGACUAUAAACAGAACUUUGCGGUUUUGAGCGGUACUUAACUUCUUCUUAAUACAUCAGCGGUGCAGAUGUGCAUCAUUGGCAUGACAAAGGAAAAUUAAUAUCAUCGUACGUGUCGUCGUCGGUCAUCCAGGGCGACGAGCGCGUUUCUCUUGGCGAGGCAAAAUGAACUCUGCUGUACAAUGAAUGAACUAGCACCUGUACCUUGUUGACAACCAAUGCAGACAAGACAGCUUUUGCUUUCGCUUCGUUUCUGGAAGUACGUAGAUCGAUUGUAAAAACUUAUGUGACGUCGCCCUUGUGUGACAAACAAU